AUGAUGGGAGACAGUUGCAGUCGUUUGAGGGCAGCUCGCUUCCCGUCCUGGUUGUCCGCCUCCUUGCUUUGCGCUGCAAGUCUCUUGACCACAGAAUGGAAAUGUGUGCGAGGGAUGCGGGUGACAUCCACGGGCCUGCAGACCAUCCAUCAGGCAGAGGGAGAGAGCGUGAGUUUGGGCUGCAGGUACACCGCGAGCCCUUUUGACAGCGGAGAACUUGACAUCGAAUGGUCCGCAGUGAAUCCAGACACCACGCAGAAGGAUCAGAUGCUCUUGUCAUACACCAGCGGAACUAUACACAUCCAUGGUGACCACGCUCUUGCCAAAGGGCUUCGCUUUGCUGCUUCUGACCCCUCAAUGGGUGACGCUUCGAUCUCAAUCGCUCUGCUGUCACCUGCUCAUAGUGCCACCUACCAGUGUAAAGUGAGGAAAUCACCUGGAGUGGACACGCGCAAGGUGUCGCUGGUGGUGAUGGUGACCCCGUCGGUGCCUGAGUGCUGGGUGGAGGGAGGACAGCUGGUCGGAGAGGCUGUGUCUCUGCACUGCAAGUCGGACAAAGGCUCCCCUCCCUUAAGAUACACGUGGAGGAGAGAAAGUGCAGCGCCCAUCCCUGCUGCAACCACACAGGACGUUGUGACCGGGGAGCUGAGAAUUACCCAUCACUCGCAGAGCCUCGCAGGAUUCUACCGUUGUGAGGCCCACAACGCUGCCGGAGCCCAACACUGCGGGAUCCGCCUGAAAGCAAAGAAGCCCCCAAACAGAGCAGCGGUUCUAGUCGGCACGGUUGUGGGUUCCCUGCUCCUCAUCUUCAUCCUGCUCGUCUUCAUCGGGAUCCUCUGUUGGAAGUUGAGCGACAGACGUCGGUCCGAGGAGUUCUGA